GUACCCUAUAGAAUCGUGCUUUUAGCUGCCACCGGUCUGGGAGCCAUGUACAUGAUGCAUCUUCUGGCCCAGGAUUGGGUUAAGAUCCGACCCAUCCGGGGGAUAACCCAACUGGCCGGCAUGGCCGCCCAACCAAUUCAGCAGGUUAUUGCUCCCAUUCAACAAGCCAGCGGCGCCCUGAAUCUGUUUCGGAGCAGAAGAGAGGCGAACUUGAAUCAUGAGCUUGGCUGGGUGCGCAGGACUCAGGACUCGGGAGGAGGAAGUGGAAAGGGUAGUGCUGCGGCAGGAGCGGUUCAACGACCGCCGCCCGCCAUCGAUUGGAAGAGGAUCCUGUCCAGGGAUCCCUUCGAGUGCCUUCAGUCCCUAAUUUGCCAGCUCAUGUCCGGAGCGGAAGCGAAAGUUCCGGAGGCUGAGCUGCUCAUGGACUAUCUGGAGUCGUCGGUGGAGAUGGCUCCGGUCAAGAUAGGCCGGGCCUUCAGUCGUGGAUUGGCAUUGCGGGGUUCCCCGGAGCGCUGCUUCACCGAGUAUCCCUUUUGCCUUUACUCGGCCAAAACGAUGCUGCGCAUCCUGCGGUGGUUCAGCGAAACGGGGGAAGUCCCCGUGGAGGAAGUGCCUUAG